CAGAGAGGCACCAUGAAGCCCCUCGUCCUGCUCACCCUCCUGGCCCUUCUCACUCUUGGCCUCUGCCGCAGAGCUGCUGACCGCUCCCUCAGCGCAGAUGACUCGCCCAGCUCUGAAGCCUUCGUCUCCAGACGCGCCAGCGCCGAGGUGGUGCGGAGACACAAGAGGAAUUACAUCUAUGACAGCGUCUAUGGUGCCGUGCGUGACCCACUGGAGGCCAAGCGUGAGGUGUGUGAGUUCAACCCUGACUGCGAUGAGCUGGCUGACCACAUCGGCUUCCAGGAAGCAUACCGGCGCUUCUACGGCCCCGUCUAG